AUGAGCGUUACCGACGACGGGCUCAACGACAUCUAUGAGGCUCUGGAUCGCUACAACUGGGACGAUGACAUCGAGUUUCAGGCCGGUCUGCACGCCAUCAUCGGCAGCAACAGCACGCCAGAACAGACGACCGAGCUAGCAUUACGGGCGCGGUGUUUCUACUAUGCGAGAAAAUACAACAAAAACAUCGACUUCAACGCCUACAAAGCCUACCGCAGCGCCCGCAACCGCCCCCCACCCACACCACCAACGCCCCAUAACGUCCUCGCCUCCUCCGUCGUAGACGAGAUGCUCCCCGCCGGCACCACACCCAACGCAUCCACAACAAGUCUACCCAUAACCACCGACCUGCCCCCAAGCAGCGACCUCCCUCCAAGCAGCUCGCCAAGCGGCAUCAUGCCCCCACCCACAACCACAGCCGAACCACCCGCACCCUACCCCACAUCCUUCGCCCACAUUGUCGAGCUAAUUACAAGCGGAAAGCCCGUACCUGGUAUCAAAGAGAUCCCGCCGACGGUACUAGAAGGCCAAGGCACGGAAGCUAGUAAGCCGAAGAGGAAGAAGCCGUGGGAGAAGGAUGGGGCGUGA